AUGAGAAAGUUUUGGGAGGAAAUACAAAGGCCAUACUUUGCCGUUGCGCCCAUGGUCGGAAACUCCGAAGAAGCAUGGCGCAGAUUGUCAAAAAGACAUGGAGCCAACAUCUUCUAUACGGAGAUGGUGCACUGCGACUCGUUUCUGCGUGGAUCAAGAAAUCCAGUGAAGAAUCGGUGGUACACAACAUCAGAGGGAGACAGGCCUCUGGUAGUACAAAUAUGUGGAAAUUCUCCAGAGGUGAUGCUUGAGGCAGCCCUGAUAAUACAAGAUCAUUGCGAUGCAAUAGAUGUGAACUUUGGGUGCCCACAGAAGGUGGCUAGGAAGGGAGGCUACGGGGCAUAUCUACAAGAAAACUGGAAAUUGACAGGGGAGAUAGUAAAAGUCCUUUCCUCAGGUCUUAAUGUUCCUGUCUUCUGUAAGAUAAGAGUGUUCGGAUCCAUAGAAAAGACGGUUGAGUAUGCAAAGAUGAUUGAAGAGGCAGGAUGUUCCUUGCUAGCCGUGCAUGGUAGAACGAGGGACCAGAGGGGAGCCGCAAUGGGAUUCGCAAGCUGGAAGCAUAUCAGGGCAAUCAAAGAGAACCUCAGAAUCCCUGUUCUUUCGAACGGAAAUAUCAUGACUCAUCAUGAUGUCUGGAGGUGCUUGGAGUAUACAGGAUGUGAUGGGGUGAUGGUCGGGGAGGCCCAUCUCCACAAUCCUCUUAUAUUUACCGGAGAAGACAGGUCGUGCCUGGAGAUAAUUGGAGAGUACCUGGAUAUAUGCAUGGAGUUUCCCGGAAGUGCAGAUGUAAGACACAUCAAGUCACACAUGUUUAGGCUUCUGUAUAACUACUUCAGUAUGAAUCCGGGAAAACAGCCUGAUCUCGAUUCCUGCGGCUCCGUGGAAAAAUUCUAUGAGUUUUAUUUGAGUCUUGUAGAGGAGAUGAGGUCUAUGGUGGAUGACGGGAGGAGCCUUGAGGUUUACAAGAUGAAGUCCCGUCCUAUUCUUACUGCGCCCAUGGCCGAGCACUGUGGUAAGAGCAGAUAA